UGGCAAAAUAAGCAAUGCUUCUAAAUUAAGAAAUAUAUGUGUAUCGAAAAUUUGUACGUUAAGCUUAACUCGUCAUCAUCACCAAACACAAAAGUAUACUGUAAAACUCUAUACAAUUUUCCAAGCAAAAUAUGUGUUUCAUAUGGACCUGCACCAGAUACUUGGCUCGGAGAAACCCGAAGGUUUGCGUGAGAAUUUCCCAUCCGCUUGCAGUACUUUUCGUCAUCUUGACCACCUUCUUUUUUGUGGGGCUGCAAAUGUUUUACGUGGUGCCGCAAUUGUUUGAUGUCGGAGGAAUGAUGUACAAGCUCGGCUGGCUACUGGCCAUCUUUAUAAUGUACAAUAUCUUUGGCAAUAUGCUGGCCUGUCAUGUUACAAACACUUCGGUGGAGAGUCUGCCAAAGGAUCGGCAAGUUGCGGCACCGGAAGAGGAGCACCUGUGGCACUACUGCGAUAUUUGCGAGAAGCUAAUGCCUCCCAGAUCCUGGCACUGUAUCCUGUGCAAGUGCUGCAUUCUGAAGCGCGACCACCACUGCAUUUUCGCAGCCACUUGCAUUGGACACAAAAAUCAGAGAUACUUUUUCUGGUGCACUUUCUUUAUGGCAUUGGGAACUGGCGUUGCAUGGGCAACCCAUACUAUUGCUUCCCUGAAGUAUUUCAUAUAUUCGAAUCUACAUUCGCACAACUUACCUCCGUUUUGGCUUGUCUUUACCCUAAUGCUCAAUACUUACGCUCUUGCAGCCCCUGUAUCUUUGGUGAUUAUGCAAUUAUCGGAACUUGGACAUAAUGGCGCUUUGUACGACUUCAACAGUGAUAUCUACGAUAUGGGCUUAUGGGAGAAUUUCAAAAUGAUUGUGGGCGAAAAAGUCUUGUGGACCUUCCUCUCACCCACCGUUAAGAGUCCUUUGCCCCACGAUGGUACCCAGUGGAAGAUAAAAAAGGCUGACAUCAGCGAGUAUUGAAAAGUGUUCGGCACCAUGCACUUAAAUUGGAUCAAGUGGAGACCAUCAGCCUCCCAAGACGUGUUGUUAAGAGCAUAAAAUCGUGGCCAGAUAUCUUGGGCGUUUCACUAAAUGUCUGCAUUAUCCUGUUCUUCUACUUCUUCGACGUUUUCUACGUAAUGCCACA